AUGGCUCUUGGAAAGCUGAAAGCUAUUUGUUCAAUGCGAAUAAAACUUCUCGAAUGUCAAAUAGUCUCGUUAAAAAAACGUUCCCCUUUAACGAAUAGCUUGAGACUUUAUUUGCAUUUGAUUCAAGCAGGCGACCAUGGUGGUGAAGUUGACGUCGACGGUGGUGACAAACACGUCGUGAAAGGUGGCGGUACGAAACAGGAAGAGGACUAUCAUGAGUCGAAAGGAGAAAAGAACGAUGAGGGCUACGAAAAAAUUCACGAGUACGAGAAGAAAGAGGAGGGCCAUCACGACAAAGAGGAUCAUGAGCGUAGUUAUGACGAAAAGGAUGGUCAUGAUAAAAAGAAGCAUGAAGAGGGUGGUCAUUACAGUGAACAUCAUCAUGGUGUAAAAGGAGAGAAGAAUGCGAAAUUUGAGGAGGAAGGAAAGCACCAGAAAGGUCAUAGUACCAAAGGGGAACAUAGUAUUUUCAAGAAAGACGAAUACGAGAAAAAGCACGAUUUUUACGAUGAGUUUCACGAAGAUGGUGAUCAAGAGAAUCAUGGUGCCUAUCAUAAGAAAAACGAGGCUAAUAAAGGAAAUCACGAAAAGAAAGGCCAUCAUGAUUCAGAUUACAAUGAGCACAAACAUGAUAAAGAAUCGAAGCAUGAGAAGGGACAUCAUAGUCACGAUCAAAAGGGCAAGAAGUCCGCCGAAGGACACGAUGAUCAUCAUCGUCAUGAUGAGAAAUAUGGUAAAAAAGAAGGACACUCAUCUGGAAAGAAAUGGUCGAAAAAGAGCAAACGUUGA